AUGGGUCUUGCGGAAGAUCUUCUGUCACUGGUGACGGUGACCAAUGUCAUCUUGGGUCUUGUGGCCUAUGUCGCGCUCAAGUUUGGCUGGCAAGUUAUUUACUAUCGCUUCUUCAGUCCACUUGCGAAGUUCCCCGGUCCUUUCUGGGGCUCUGUAACUCGUCUCUGGAUCGCAUGGCAUAAUCUACAGGAGACCGAGGUGCCAACUGUUUAUGCGCUUGCUCAGAAAUAUGGCCCCGUUGUUCGCAUUACCCCGACAUUGUUGUUGGUCAGCGAUCAUGAAAAGCUUCCGGAAGUCUACCACCGCAAUGCGGACAAGACCGGACACUAUAUCACUGGAAGCUUCGGCGAGACCGAAUCCCUGUUCAACAUGAGGUCUCACAAGACCCAUGCCGUGUUCAGAAAACACGUUGCCGGACCGUACAGCUUCAGCAAUAUCAGAAAAAUGGAGCCACUGGUUGAUGCGCGCAUCAACCAAUGGACCACCACACUCAACGAAAAGUUCGCGAAGAGCGGCGAAGCCUUCGACUUCGCCUGGUGGGCAGUCUACAUGGCCUACGACAUCAUCAGCGAAAUCGGCUUUGGCGAGCCCUUCGGCUUCAUCGAGAAAGGCGAAGAUAUCGGCGGCCUAAUCCAAGGCUUCCACGACGGCCUCCCAGCCUUCGGCCUCCUAGCCCGCCUACACCCCUUCACCUCAUGGAUAAAAACCACCUUCCUGAAAAAAAUACCUCAAGACAAUUCCGGCAUUGGCGUGCUAAUGCGCUUCCGCGACCGCCUCAUCGACCAACGCAUUAGAGACAUCCAAAACGGCAAGAAAUCCGACCGCACAGACCUACUCCAGACAUUCCUCGAUGCUCUCACCGAAGACGGCAAGCCCCUGGAUCUGGAGUACAUCCGCGCCGAAGUCCUGCUCGUCCUUCUUGCCGGCGCUGACACAACAGGCACCGCCUUCCAGGCCAUGGUGCAGUUCCUCCUGACCCACCCGGCGGCGUACAAGCGUAUGAUGGAAGAAAUCGAUAACGCCGUCCGUAAGGGCCUUAUCUCAGAUAUGCCUCAGUACGAUGAGGUGCUAGAGCACCUGCCUUACUAUGUUGGCUGUGUGAAGGAGACUAUGCGGCUGUGUCCGUCUGCGCCGAAUAUCUUCCCCCGGUAUGUCCCUGAGCCCGGACUCGAUCUGUAUGGUCGCUUUGCGCCGGCGGGCACGGAGAUUAGCUGUAACCCGUACCUUGUGCAUCGGGAUCCGAAGCUUUAUGGGUAUGAUGCCGAGGAGUUUAAACCUGAGAGGUGGCUGGAUGUUGAGAAGGCCAAGUUGUAUAACAAGUAUAACUUUUCGUUUGGGUAUGGAUCGCGUGUUUGUUUAGGGAGGGAUAUUGCUAUGAUGGAGUUGUUUAAGGGUCCUUUGCAGUUCUUCCGUCAGUACACGCCACAGACUGUACAGGAUAAACCCGGGGCUAAGUUCAUGGUCAAAGGUGGUAUUGGCUACUGGAGAGACGUGUGGUUAACCAUCUCUCCCCGGGCAGAGGUGAAAACUGAGUGA